UUUUACCCGUUUCUGUACCCACUCUUCGCCCCAUCUUCGAGGAAGCCAUCUGCACUCCCUUUCGCCCCAAGCAAACGUCUCGAAUCCUGCGUUAUAUAUCGACCGUGUCUCCCUUGUUGGAUCUCUCCAUCCUGCAACCAGAUAUGGGGAGGCCGAGCGUCCACCAGAAGAGCCCCGAGCAAGCCAAGGCCAAGGCGACGAAGAAGAAGAAGCCCAUCAAGGUCGUGUACAUCUCCAACCCCAUGAGGGUCACCACGAGCGCCGCCCAGUUCCGGGGCCUCGUGCAGAAGCUCACCGGCCGGGACUCCAACGUCGCCGACAUGGACAUCGCGUGCUCGCCGGCAGGUGGACCCUCCGCGGACCGUGAGGGCAUGACGCCGCGAGAUCUGAGCUCGGGCUCGGGUUCGCUCGGCCCGUGUAAGGGAGCGGUGGCGACGCCAUUUGAGAUGUUGGAUGAUGACGGCUUCUCCUCGCAGAUGUUAGAGGACUUGUCGGGGCUCCCACCGUGGCCGCCGCUGUGUUGUGAGUCUUCGGUGGGUGGAUUCUGGAGACUCGGUCAAGUGUGAGGAACAAUGGAAGGAUUCAGUAUACCUUGUUGGUCACAGUCAUGUCCAAAUAUACUCUUCUUAUUUCAUCUUUUCCAACUGAUCCUCGACUUCUUUCUCUGAAUCUCUGUAUCUCAAUAAUAUGGUUUGAUUUGGCUGCACUGUCGAAGAGAGAGUAUAACAAAGGAUUACAGAUGAGGGGAUGGAUGGAAAUCACGAUAAGAAAUAGGCUUCCAAUAACAAAGAGUUGGAGAGACAUUAGCUGUCUGCAACUGGAAGUUACUUUGAUGCAUGCAUCCAACAACGAGAGAAUCCAACGCAAAAAUGAUGCUACAAGCUUUAACCUGAUCCAUCCUUGUUGAAACCGGAAGGAUUUGGAGGACUGUGCUGUGAGUUUGUAGUGAAUGAUUGAUGGUUACUCACCAAACAAAAGCGUGAGAAGAUCUUUGAGAUGAACAGCCUUCCGGAAGAAGACGGAAACCAUGAAUGCUUGAAAGUAAUGUUUGACCGGAGCGUCUCCCAGCUCUGGGCAGUAUGUAAUGGCAUUCAUGGAGCUUCGUGAGAGGCGCACGAGUGCUCAUGCCACACAAUCUGAUGCAGUACAUGUAUGCAUACAAUUGCUUUUACUAUAGGGGAAGCCUGGUUCAUAUUGUAGACAUUUCAGUA